CAGACGUCAAACUACAUUUUUUUUCAUUUUGUUUUGUUUACUUUACUUUUUAGCCGAAUAAUCUGGGAUUUUCCCAAUUAUUAUGGUAUUUAUUGCAAAUAAUGGUUCCAAAGAUAAUUGCACAGUUUGUAAGUGGCAAGAAUAGGUGCUAGACAUGUUCGUAAAUAUACCGAAAGUUUUAAAUACCGUCGUGAGACAACUUUCGCUAACAGCUUCUAGAAAUGACAAAUUUAGCUGCAAAGUACUGGUGGUCGGUGGUGGAAGCGGAGGAUGUGCCACAGCUGCAAAAUUCUCCAAAAUCCUAAAUAAGAACGAUUUAAUUGUCUUGGAACCGAGCGAUUAUCAUUACUACCAACCGCUAUUUACUUUAAUUGGAGGUGGUGCCAAUAAACUAGAGGAUUCGAGGAAGAAAGAAAAGGAUGUGUUGCCUACAAAUUGCACCUGGCUCAGGGACAAAGCGUUGGAAUAUGAACCGGAAAAAAAUACAGUCCGCACAGAAAAAGGCCACACAAUCGAGUACGAUUACAUGCUCGUUGCUACAGGUUUAGAAUUGAGAUACGACAAGAUUCCUGGUUUAUUGCAAGCCUUAGAUAAGCCCACGGAUGUCUGUUCGAUCUAUUCUCCGAAGUACGUCAGCCACACGUACGAAGUAUUGAAGAAAUUAGAAACGGGAAAUGCCAUUUUCACCUUUCCGAAUUCCCCAGUGAAAUGCCCAGGCGCUCCGCAGAAAAUUUGUUAUCUCACCGAUCACUACCUGAGAAAGCACAACAGAAGAGGCAACGUUAAGGUUACUUACAACACCUCUUUGCCCGUAAUAUUCGGAGUCAAGGCCUACGCGGACGCCCUGUGGAAAUUGUGCAACGAACGUGACAUUAAUGUCAACGUAAGAACAAAUUUAGUUCAAGUCAACGCAGAUAAAAACGAAGCGAUCUUUGAGAACCUGGAUAAACCCGAAGAAAAAACUACAGUUAAAUUCAACAUGCUUCACGUCACUCCACCGAUGGCCACGCCGGAAUCUUUAAGCAAAAAUAAACAACUAACAAACGGCGCGGGUUUCGUUGAUGUUAAUAAAGAUACCAUGCAACACCUCAAUUACAAAAAUGUGUUUGCUAUAGGCGAUUGCAGUAGCUCACCUAAUUCCAAAACCGCCGCGGCUGCAGCUGCCCAAACUAAAGUGGUGUUUGAAAAUAUGAACGCAGUGAUGAAAGGGGAUUCCCCGCGUCUCAUGUACGACGGUUACGCAUCGUGUCCUUUGGUUACAGGAGAUAAAUGCAUUCUAGCUGAAUUCGACUACGAUUUGAAGCCAUUGGAGACGUUUCCUUUCAAUCAAGCGAGAGAAAUUCGUUUGAUGUACAUUAUGAAGAAAUAUUUUAUGCCUACUUUGUACUGGAAAUUGAUGAUGAACGGUUAUUGGAACGGGCCGGCUAUGUUUAGGAAACUGAUGCAUUUGGGAAUGGGAAAAUGAUGAUGAAAACAGUGAUAUUAUAUUUUUUUGUUAAUUAAUAUUUCAGUCAUUAAAUGAUGAAUAAGCGUUUUAAAA